AUGUCUACACAAAAUACGCGUAAAAUAUCUUCUAUAGUACGAUCAAUUGAAGUAAUCGAAAAUAAAGCAAAUACAAUUUAUACUGAAUAUACAACAUCUCAUGAUGAUAUUGAUCGAUUUCAAUCGAUUCUUAUCGAUGAUAAAAAUAUACAUCUGCAAAUGUUUUUUCAACAUCUUGAAAAAUUAUUAGAAGUUGAUUUAAAAAAUCGAAAAUCAUUAUUAAAUAAUAAACGAAAUUAUUGGGAUUUUUUCAUACAUGCACUUAAAGAAAGUAAAGGUUUAUAUGAUACAAUAUUAUAUGUACUCAAUAGUCAAGAAGUGAAAACUUCUAUUGGUCGUGGUCGUUUAUUUCUUCGUUUUUGUUUACAAAAUCAUCGUUUAGGUGAUGUUAUACAACAAAGUUUUAUGAUGAAUAAAGUUGUUAGUCAAUUUUAUCAUGAAGAAUGUUUCUGGACAAAAUCUGUGUAUAUAAAUCGUAUUGUUCAAGCAUUAUAUCAAUUAAAUGAUGUUCAAUUUGAUCUUCUUUCAACUUCACAAUAUCAACUUGAUGUUUGUUGGCCUACAACAGAAUCAAUUGAUAUUCGUCCAAAAAAUCUGUCUGAAUCUCUAUCAAGAUUACGUACGAAUAGUAUAUCAAGUUGUUUAUCAAUGGAUAGUAUAUCUUCACAAUCGAUAAUAUCAUCUUCUUUUCCUUUGACUUUAUCAUCACUUCAAAAUUUUGAAUCAUCAAUGCAUGAUGAUAGUUUAGCUUGUUCAAUUUCAUCUACUGAUGAAUAUCCAGAGAAUACUUUAAAUUAUUGGAAAGAACGUUGUCAUCAAUUAGAACUUCAAUUACAGACAAAUCCUCAUAAUUCAUUAUCGAAUGAUAUUGAAAUUCAAUGUUCAGUAGAUAAACAUGAUGCAAUGAGUCAAACAAUAGGAGAUGAUAGUAUAUCGAAGAAUGAAAUAGAAAAUUGGAAAAUUCAAAAUGAUGUAUUAAAAGAUGAAAUAAAUAAUCUCAAUUUUCAACUUUCUACUUUUAUAAUUCAACGUACAACGACUGAAAAUAAAAUGAAAGAUUCCGAACGUGAAAUAACGAAAUAUCAAACUCUAUUGGAAACGAAAGAUAAGGUUUAUAAUGAAUUACAACGUAAAUUUAAUGAACAUACCAGCCAUCUCAAAUCUAUUCAAGAACAACAUUCAGUUCAGUCAAAUCAACAAGAAAAACGACUGGAACAAUUGACAAAUGAACUUAAAAAGACAACACAAUUACUUGAAAAUGAACGAAUAUUAAUCGAAAAAGAACGAUCUGAACAUAAUCAAAUUCAAGAUCAACUUGAAGCUUCUAUACAAGAAAAAACACUUGAUUUUGAAGAAAUGAAACGUCGAUUAGUUAAAGCUGUUCGCGAAAAAGCUGAUUUAUUUAAUUCAAUUUAUUCGUAUGAAAUUAAACUUGAAGAAGAACAAUCUAGACAAUGGGUACAUGAAGAAGAUGUUUUAAAAUGUACAAAAUGUGAAACAACAUUUGGAUGGACUUUGAAAAAAUAUCGUUGUCGUCAUUGUCAAAAGAUAUUUUGUUAUUAUUGUUCAAAUCAUUGGCAACCAGGUUCAACACCAAAUACUCAACAUCGGCUGUGUGAUUUUUGUAAUGAAAAAUUUGUAAAAGAAUCAUUAAUGUCAAAUUAUACAAUGCUCGAUGAUCCAGAUAAUAAUAAUGAAACAAAAAAUGAUGUUGAUCUGAAAUUUGAAGUACGAUCUGAACGUUUAAACUCAACAACAAACGACAAUUCUCCAUUAUCUGAAGAUCAACAGAUAUAA